GCCAAUUUCCAAGAUGGCGGCGGAGGGAGGAGGGAAGGAGACGAACGAAAUUAAAACCCAGUUCACCACAAGGGAAGGCGUCUACAAGCUCCUCACUCACUCCGAAUACAGCCGCCCGAACAGGGUGCCUUUCAACUCGCAGGGCUCCAACCCGGUCAAGGUCUCCUUCGUCAAUGUGAACGACCAGUCCGGCAACGGCGACAGGAUCUGUUUCAAUGUGGGCCGGGAGCUUUACUUUUACAUCUACAAAGGCGUGAGAAAGGCUGCGGACCUCAGUAAACCCAUAGACAAGAGGAUAUACAAAGGCACGCAGCCGACGUGUCACGACUUCAACCCCCUUACAGCCACAGCAGAGAGCGUCUCCCUGUUGGUGGGCUUUUCAGCUGGCCAGGUGCAGCUGAUUGAUCCAAUCAAGAAGGAAACCAGCAAACUCUUCAAUGAGGAGAGACUUAUUGACAAGUCGAGGGUGACGUGUGUACGAUGGGUUCCUGGUUCAGAGAGCCUGUUCCUGGUGGCUCACUCCAGCGGGAGCAUGUACCUGUACAACGUGGAAAACACCUGCGGCACCACCGCACCUCACUACCAGCUCCUCAAGCAGGGGGAAAACUAUGCCGUGCACACCUGCAAGAGCAAGUCAGCCCGGAACCCGCUGCUGCGCUGGACAGUGGGUGAGGGGGCGCUGAAUGAGUUCGCCUUCUCUCCGGAUGGCAAGUUUCUGGCUUGCGCUAGCCAGGACGGCUUCCUGCGGGUGUUUGGUUUCGAUGCUGCGGAGCUCCACGGAACAAUGAAGAGCUACUUUGGAGGCUUACUGUGUGUGUGCUGGAGCCCUGACGGGCGGUAUAUUGUGGCGGGAGGAGAGGACGACCUGGUGACUGUGUGGUCGUUUUCGGACUGCAGAGUGAUCGCACGGGGACAUGGUCACAAGUCGUGGGUGAGCGUGGUGGCGUUUGACCACUGCACCACCAGUGUUGAGGACGGUGAGCUGCCUGCUGAGUUCAGUGGGAGUGAUGAGGACUUCCAUGAGCAGAUUCAUUUCGGAGCUGGCAGAGAGAGAGCCAACAGCUCUCACUCUAGGCUAUCUAAGAGAAACUCCACAGAAAGUAGGCCGGUCAGCGUGACGUACAGAUUUGGCUCAGUUGGGCAGGAUACUCAGCUGUGUCUGUGGGAUCUUACAGAGGACAUCCUUUUCCCUCACCUCCCUUUGUCUCGCACAAGGACUCACACUAAUGUGAUGAGUGCCACAAGCCCUACAGCCACUGGACAAACGGUGACCACUGUAUCCAUCACCUCCUCCACCAAUGCCACUGGAUCAAAUGGUAAAGACAAUGUGAGCAAUAGUUGCGUCAGCAGCAACCCAGCUAAUUCCCUCCCCGACACCCUGCCCCGCUCCAACAGCCUGCCUCAGGCCACCAACCCAGCCGGAGGCAGCACCCCCAACAGCCACACGGGGAGCAGCUGCAGCAGCGGCAGCAGUAAGGGCAACAGCAUCAUUGACAGCACGUUCAUCGCCACCAAGUUCGCAACGCUGUCUCUGCACGACUCACGGAAGGAGCGCCACGAGAAGGACCACAAGAGAAACCACAGCAUGGGUCACAUCAGCAGCAAGAGUAGCGACAAGCUCAACCAGCUUAGCUCCUCACGGACGGCAAAAGCUGAGGCUGCCAAAACUCUGGGCACCAUGCUGUGUCCACGCAUGGAGGAAGUUCCCCUCCUAGAGCCGCUGGUGUGCAAAAAGAUCGCCCACGAGAGACUGACUGUGUUAAUCUUCCUGGAGGACUGUCUGGUUACAGCUUGUCAGGAGGGUUUUAUUUGCACAUGGGCAAGGCCUGGCAAAGUGGGAUUAUCAUCUCAAAACAACCCGGCCAACUCCCCCAGUGGAACAGUGGUAUAGAGGCAGGCCGGUGCUGCUAAUGGUGGAUCCAUGCUGCAGAGACGGGGAUGAUCAAGGCCAUGGAGUGGCCCUUCACGCACUGUCACUUGGCUUCCUGUAUCUGUGUCAUUCUUAUCACUACACUUACCCCAAAGCUGCUCUCAUGUAAAGGAAGCUGAUGCUGGUUGGGGUUUAUAGUUUUUUUUUUUUUUUUAGAGUGUUUGACUGGCUCAUUGUUGCAUCUUUGGUUAUAUCAAAUUGUCUAGUCUGAAACUAACAAACUCUAAAACCCAAUCUUUUGUGCCUAUAGAUGUUGAACGACUAGACAGUGAAUUGAUGAUGCCUCAACCCAACCUUUUUGUAUGAGUUUAGCUCAGUUCCUUGUUUGAUUGAUGUAUUCCAAGAUAAAAGGGAAUAAGAUACAGGAAUAUUUGAAGAGGCUGCAACAUAUCCCUGAAACUAGUUCUUGUUCUUCUCCUUAGAAAUAUAAAAAUCUGAGGUAUCACACUGAGUGAAUUUUGCACAUUUUUCAUAUUACAAUAAUUUCCCAGUUUUGAAUUUGCGAUGGCAGAACGCAAGGGUAACUUUUCCACAUCUCUGUUUUCAAAGCACUUGGAGAGAAAAAAAAAAAGCGGCUUAGAGUCGUUCUCCGUCUCAAUAUUAGAUGCUGCAAUCCGUUUUUUUAUAUGGAAAACAAAUUCUUUGCACUUAGUAGUUUAUUAGAGGAGAAUGGCUUUACAUUUUUGGAGUGUGUCAGGAAUCUGACAUGGUUAAGAUGAAUAAAAAAAAAAAAACUUUGUAUCUAUUGAACAUUUAUUUUAUUAUUGUUUCAGAUUAAACUGGCUCUGUAUUAUAUGUAAAUAUUGUACUUCAAUGAUUUAUGGGUGAAAUUAACAUUAAUACUCUAGUACAAAGAUUUUUCAUUUCAUAAAAUAGUGAUAUUUCUUAUACAGAAAGUCUAAUAUUAAAAUGAGUCUUGAAUAUGCAAGUGAAUAUGUUUUUUUUUUCCCCCGUUGUACAUAAAGAGAAUUCAGGUGUAUUUUUAUUAAGGAAGCGUUUGGUAUUAGGAAAUGUUUUUCAAAUCCUCUCGCCUAACUGGUGGGGCUGUAUGCUUGCUAGCCUGUCACUGCAGGUUCCCUUUUACAACACAGGCAGGUAGGAGCAGAAGCGGCCAUCACUCUGAGCUCAGGUAAACCACAGGAAGACUUGCUGAUACAAUCCCCCCUCACUCGGAGGCCUUCGUCCCACCCUGGCAACAUGCUGGUGAAUUCACUUCAAGACUGAGGAAAUAAGUUCUACGCUGCGGGAUUAGACUCCUGUAACAGUGAAUAGAACCUUUUUCCCCCUGAACUGAUGCCGAACUCGUGAAAAAAAACUUGACACUGUGAUGAAUUUGUGUUGACAAAUUGUCAGCAUUUGAAGGUGGUGCAGAUGAGGGUGAGGGGGGGGAUUUAUCUUGCACCCACAUAGGACUGAGGAUUUAAACAGUGGGAGCCUUUUCCUUUAUGUGACGCCUAUUAAAACAACUU